AUGCCCGUACCCAGCAUGCUCCCCACAACAUCCGCUGCUGUCUGCUACGGCCCCACCGACCUCCGCAUCGAAACCCGUCCUCUCUGGCCUCCCGCUCCGGGCGAAGCAACCAUCAAACUCGGACCAACAGGUCUCUGCGGCUCCGACCUCCACUACUACACUCACGGCCGCAACGGCGACUUUGCUCUCCAAGCGCCCCUUUGCCUCGGUCACGAAGCCGCUGGCAUCGUCACCGCUCUCGGUCCUGGCGUAUCCCACCUCCGUGUCGGUCAACGCGUCGCCAUCGAAUGUGGUAUCAUGUGCAAUAAAUGUGGGUAUUGCGAGAAGGGAAGAUAUAAUCUUUGUAAGGGGAUGCGGUUUUGCAGCUCUGCGAAGACUUUCCCCCACCUUGAUGGCACGCUCCAGGAACGGAUGAACCAUCCUGCGCAUUUACUACACCCCAUCCCUGAUAACGUCCCUCUCGAACUCGCAGCCCUCGCCGAACCUCUCUCAGUCCUCAUUCACGCAGCCCGCCGAGUCGGUCUCUCCUCCUCUUCAAAAGACACCACCAACAAAACAGUCCUCGUCUUCGGCGUCGGCGCAAUAGGUCUCCUCGCCUGUGCCCUCGCACGCGCACACGGUGCCUCCCGCAUCGUCGCACUCGACAUCAACCCUCAGCGCUUGCACUUUGCUCAAUCCAACGGCUUGGCGGACGCAACUUACUGUCUUCCCUUAUCAUCAAAUAAGGGUGGCAAAGGAGGUGCACCACAGACACAGGAGGAGAAGCUCUUAAGCGCGAAAGAGAAUAUCAUGGCUGCUUUACAGACUUUCGACGCUCCUGAUGGAUUUGAUAUCGUGUUUGAGUGUACGGGUGCGGAGACCUGUAUACAGAUGAGCGUUCACGCUUGCACCCCAGGCGGCCGCGUAAUGCUAAUCGGGAUGGGCUCACCAACAGUAACUCUCCCUCUCAGCGCAGCAGCAACCCGCGAAGUCGACCUCCUCGGAUCCUUCCGAUACGCAAACACCUACCCUGAAGCUCUCUCCCUCCUCUCUUCAGGAACACUAAAGGGAAUCGAGAAAUUGAUCACACAUCGAUUUGAUUUGAGUGAAGCGAAGGAAGCGUUUGAGUUGAUGAGGAGAGGGAGAGAUGAGCAGGGAGGGUUGGUUAUUAAGGUGCUUGUUGGUGGUGUUGGGGUUUAA